GCUCAAGCAGGCCUUGAGACCCGAGGCGAAGGACCAUGAUGUCGCAACAGACGAUGCCGCCACAGGUGGCGCACAUAAGAAAACCGCCACCUCGGCCCAAACCGAGUCGCCCCACCAAAGCCACCCAAAACGCACCCUAGUCCCGGAGCAUAUGCGCUGCAGCUCAAGAACAUGAAUCACUGACGCCGCUCCAACCUUGCCACAGCCAAACUCAAACCAACACCACCAACAACGCGCCAACUCGUUCCCUCGAAAACACACAACGCAAACAAAAGACAAGAACACCAAACGAGCAAAAUGUCACGCCUCCUCCCCCGCCUGCCGACAACCCUCCGCGCCCUCCGCGCCCCCCUCGCAAGACCCUACUCCUCCUCCUCCUCCUCCUCCUCCUCCUCGGCCUUCAAACCCUCCCCAGCGCCCCCCCGCCUCCCCGCCUCCGAGCAAGCCGAGUUCGAACGCCUCCAGCGCACAGCGGCCGUCGCCUCCGGUUUCGACAUGAGCCCGCCCUCUCCCGCCGAGGCGACCGAGACGACGACGGCGGCAGCCCCGGGCAAGGUCGAGGUGCGCGCCGACGACGGCGAGGCCCUCCACCAGGACGUGCGCCGCGGCGCGCCACCCGAGUUCGAGGGCGAGACGAAUCCCAAGACGGGUGAGGUCGGCGGGCCGAAGAACGAGCCUCUGCGGUGGGGCGGUGAUGGCGACUGGAGCUACAAUGGGCGGGUGACGGACUUUUAA